UCUCAUUGGCUCCUCCCUGGUCCUCAGCUCUGUAUACUCCAGUCAGCUCUGCUAGCAAAACAGACAAUGUGCUGCUGUUACAAGCAGGGCAGACGCACCAAAUGCAGCGGAGCAAGGAACACAUCGCAGCCUGAGAGAGGAAGCAAAUGCUCACUCCUGACAGAGCCAGCAGAAGGAGGAACAGCAACCAGAAAAAGAAUCAGCGGCGACACUCAGAGGGUCAGUGAAAUGGGCUGCUCAUCUGGCCGCUUGCCCUGCCAGCCUCCAGCCUCCAUGCAGCUGGCCACGCUGGACCCUGAAUGCAGCCUGGCCCGUGACGGGACGCCCUCGAUGGCUGUACCCAAAGCCCCAGAGGACCUGUCCACGCUGGAGCGUCUGGCCCAGGCCACCGGCGGCACUGAGAAGUCCUGGUACCGCUGCGUGUUUCCCUUCGGGGUCAUCUCACUGGUGAUCGGCAUGGCGGGAACCGGCGUCACGUUCACCUUCAACACGCUGCCCCAAACUAAAGUGGUGUCUCUGGUGCUGCUGGUCACAGGGUUCGUCAUGCUGUUGAUAGCGGCUGCGUGCUGGAAGGUGCAUCGGUCUCGGAAGAGAGAAAAGAAGGAGGGAGGCAUCUUCAGCUCAGAGCAGUGCACUCUAUGAGAUGCGCUUCACAAAAUCAGAAGUUUUUCUGGUGCUCUGGAAAGAAAAAUAACCAGUUUGAGGGUAAGCUGUCUGUAACAUCUCCUCACUGUCGCUGACGACCUGUGGAAACAUUUAGCGACAGUACACAGACAAAUGCAUUUGAUCAGUUGUGUUUCAAUUAGGUAAAAGUCAGAAAGAAACAAGGACAAUGGAGGAGCCGUGUGUGUGUGUGUGUGUGUGUGUGCGUGCGUGUGUGUGUGUCGUGUUUAAACCUGGAGAAUCUCUCUUUGGAGAAACUGGAGACUUUAAACCUUAAAUGCUGCAACGUUCCCUGCUUUCUUCUUGAGGGAUGUAUGAAAGUUGGAUGCAAAAGAAAAUCAUGGAAGUCUCUAGACAGAUGACUCCAGGUCAGUAAAGGAAGGCUUUGGUGAGAAAUAUAAACACUGAUGAAAGAAUGACAGCUACUUAUGUUACCAAGUACAUCAUUUUUGAUUAAGUAACAUGCAGUGCCAGGAUUUAUUUAUGUAUUCAUGCCAAGUCAUUACAGAGCCUAUUUUAAAUGUAUAAGGACAAGCUAAUGUGAGCUCAUGUUUUGCAUGACAAAUUAACUGUUUUUAUUUUUUGAUAUUUAAGUGAAAUUUGUGCACUAUUACAUGUUUAUGUUGCAACAAAGUGUUUUUUGACGUUCCAGACUGUUAUUUUGCUUUUACCUAUCGUUUUGUCUGUCAAGUGAAAUCUGGGGUCAGUGUAUGUGCACAUGAAAACGUUCCUACUUGCUUGCAUGUAUUUCUGUAAACCUGUGUGUGUGUGUGUGUGUGUGUGUGUGGAAGGGGGGGGGUAUGUAUGUGUGAACAUUCAAGUAAUAAAUGAUUUUACCUGCACACUGUAGCUAACUCCAGCAGAGUAGAGCAGUAGAGACACACAUCACUACAUAUCUACUGACAUGUUAGCAGGAAACCAGUGUCUUGCAACCAAUGUCAGUCAAUUGAAUGUGAAGUAGAAAAAUCUAAUUACUGACAUGUGAAAAGUGGUACAUUUAGAAUAUGCUGCAUAUGUAAAAAUGAUCAGUAUUUUGGGUCAGUACUUUGGAUCUAUUUGCACUGUUUAUGUAUUUGAGCUUUGGUGUCCUUAAUGAGUUUAAGGCUGUUUGUAAGGCUGUUGAUUUUUUGCUAUGUAUUAUUGUAUAUCUGUUUUUGGUCAUAUAUAUUUUAUAUAUAUAUAUAUAUAUAUAUAUAUUGUAUAUUUCUCUGUGAGAAAAACUGACAGCUGUUUGUAUGUGUUCUCUGAGUGCCUGUAUUUUAACAGUAGAUAUUUUUGUAUUACCCACCACUAGGUUUUGUGAAAAAGAAGAAGAAGAAAAAAAUCUUUUUAAAAAGCCUUAUUCAUUUUCUGUCCAACAGACAUUUUAUGUGAAUGCUGACACCUGAAACCACUGACUAUGAUUGCUGUCUGAAACAGAAGGGGCUCAUGUUUUGGCAAAGUCGUGAGGCUGAUGUGAAAAUAUCUGUGAUUUUACAUUUACGGUCAAGAGAGAGAGAGAGAAAGCGAGAGAGCGAGAGAGAGGUGAGUGGCAGACAGAGUAGUGGUUGGGUGGUAUUGAGAAAGAAGGAGGGAGGAUUCAUUAAGAAAAAAAUGGCAGGAAGCAGCACAGAAUACGUGCUCAGAAUAAAAUAACUGGGAGAGCUGUGGCGGAGCACGUCAUAUAAAACCAGCCUAGAGAAGGUGCUGUGUGCGGCAUGCUGUAACUAUGACUCGUUUGACAAAAAUGUAUUCUCUGUAUUUUUGAAUAUGUACGCAUUUGAACCCUUGCAUUUGGUGUAGCACAGGUGACUGUAUCUGAAAACACUUUCGUAGUAUGACUCAUUUAUGACAGAUGCUGUGAUACAGAUUAUUAGACAAAUCAUAGACAUUUAGAGAGAUCUACCUCAUUCAUAAUAUAUCACACACAAUUUCUUCUUAUCCAGUUAGAAGUAUGAAAGUUGUUUUCCAAGACUGCACAUUUGCUUAAACAUAUUUCUCAAAGAAAGAAUGAAAUGGUCACCAAACAUAGAUUUGAUUUUUGUGACAACAUUUCAGGUUUAUCCUAAAUGACACUCCCUGUAUUUCACUUUUUUGUUUUAUUUAUUGGGCAAAUAUACAUUAGAAUUAUGCAUACUGUUUUGUGCAUCUUAUUGUCAAUAGAUGUAUUUAUAAUUUUCUGUUUUAUCAAAAUAAUUGUAUUAAA